CCUCCCCCACUGGAACCCCUGGCUCUGGGGACCCGGCCCCUGGCUCAGAGCCUGCCACCCGUUGGAGACCAAUGGGAGGUCCUUGCAUGUCUCGCAUCGAUUUUCCAGGCACUGAGUUCACACCGGAGGUGGCUGCGGCGUGUGAGGACCGCGGUUCCCCGGAGUCAAGCGCGGAGUGGGAGCGCGGACCCCGCGCGGGCGCCCGCUACACCGCACUUCCCGGUGCCGCGGUGGGCAAGCCUUGGGAUCGACAGCUCUGGCCCCGGUCCGCGAGGCUCGCCCGCCCCCCUUCCCUCCCCAGCACACGCCGGAGCUGAAGACCGGGUCCGACGCGCAGCGACUCGAGGUGACCUUUGGGCUGCGGAGUGGAUCACAGAAGAAAUUGGUUUCUCCGGGAGAAGAUGCCUGAGCAGGAGCGGCAGAUGACAGCUAGAGAAGGGGCCAGUAGGAAAAUUCUGGCGAAGCUGUCUGUGCCCUCGCGCGCCCGCGAACCGGUCAUGAAGCAGAGUUUCGCCUUUGAUAAUGUGGGCUACGACGGCAGCCUGGACGGUGCAGGCCCUUUGCACACAGCCACGGGCACCAUCAGCCUUUCGGGCCUGACCGGCCAGUCGUGUGUGGCGUCUGUCGAGAGCAGGAUUGCCAGUUUGAAAGGUGUCGUGGGCAUUCAGGUUUCCCUGGAGCACGGCAGCGCGGCUGUGCAAUUCCUGCCGUCGGUGAUAAGCCUGCCGCAGAUUUGCCGUCGCAUUGAGGACAUGGGCUUUGGGGCCAGCAUCUCGGAAGGAAGGGCCGACUCCUGGCCUCUCAGGUCCUCGCCAGCCCUGGAGGCCGUGGUCAAGCUCCGGGUGGAGGGCAUGACCUGCCAGUCCUGUGUCAACUCCAUAGAAGGCAAGAUCGGGAAGCUGCAAGGGGUGGUGCGAGUCAGAGUGUCUCUCAGCAGCCAGGAAGCCGUCAUCACCUACCAGCCUUACCUUAUUGGGCCCCAAGACCUCAGGGACCAUGUAAAUGACCUUGGAUUUGAGGCGGUCAUCAAGAACAAAGUGGCCCCUGUCAGCCUGGGACGAAUUGAUAUUGGGCGGUUACAGGGCGCCAACCCAAAGACACCCCCCCUUUCUAACCAGAAUGCCAGUAACUCCCAUACCUCGGAGGCCCCAGGGAGCCCGGUGGCCACCCUGCAGCUGCGAGUCGACGGCAUGCGCUGUAGGUCCUGCGUCCGCAACAUCGAAGAGAACAUCGGCCAGCUCCCAGGGGUUCGACACAUUGGCGUGUCCCUGGAGAGCAGAACUGCCCGGGUCCAGUUCCACCCAUCCCGCGUCACCCCAGAGGCCCUGCAGAAGGCCAUCGAGGCGCUUCCCCCCGGGAACUUUAAAGUCUCCCUCGCUGACGGAGCAGAAGGAGGUGGGGCGGAUGACCGGUCCGCCGCAGACCCCUCCCCCGCCCCCGCCCAGAGAAGCCAGGCGCCAGGCGCGGGCCAGACCCUGGGGCUCGCUAUCGGGGGCAUGCGCUGUGCGUCCUGCGUCCAGUCCAUCGAGGGCCUGCUCUCCCAGAGGGAGGGGGUGCGGCAAGUAUCCGUGUCUCUGGCGGAAGGGACCGCCACGAUUCGCUAUGACCCGUCAGUAACGAGCCCCGAGGAGCUCCGUGCCGCUGUGGAAGACCUGGGCUUCGAGGCCUCGGUCCUUUCUGGCAACCGCUCCGGCAGCCACGUCGGAGAGCUCAGGGCGGCGGACGCCCCGACGCAGACUGCAGCUGGCACGCCUGUGUCUGAGCAGGAAGUGGCUCUCUCCGCUGGGAUGGCCCCCACCGUGCACAGCCCGGGCCUCUCGGGGGAGUCCCCCCCGCAAGCCUCUGCCUCGGUGGCUCCGCAGAAAUGCUUCUUACAGAUCACCGGCAUGACCUGUGCGUCCUGCGUGUCCACCAUAGAGAGGCACCUGCAGAAGGAGGCUGGUAUUCUCUCCGUGCUGGUUGCCCUGAUGGCCGGAAAGGCAGAGGUCAAGUACAACCCAGAGGUCAUCCAGCCACUCGAGAUAGCUGGGCUCAUCGAGGACUUGGGCUUCGAGGCGGCAGUGCUGGAGGACUGCAAAGGCUCCGACGGAGACAUCGAGCUCCUCGUCACCGGCAUGACCUGCGCUUCCUGCGUCCACAACAUAGAGUCCAAACUCACGAGGACCAACGGCAUCACCCACGCCUCUGUGGCCCUCGCCACCAGCAAGGCCCACGUGAAGUUCAGUCCUGAAAUUAUCGGUCCACGGGAUAUCAUCAGGAUUAUCGAGGAACUCGGCUACGGUGCUUCGCUGGCCCAGAGGAGCCCCAGCGCCCAUCACCUGGACCACAAGGUGGAAAUAAAGCAGUGGAGGAACUCCUUCCUGUGCAGCCUGCUGUUUGGCGUCCCUGUGAUGGGCCUGAUGGUCUACAUGAUGGUGACCGGCAGGGAGCCCCACAAGUCGACAGCCCUGCACCACAACAUCAUUCCGGGACUGUCCGUCCUGAAUCUCGUCUUCUUUAUCCUGUGCACCUUUGUCCAGUUCCUCGGCGGGUGGUACUUCUACGUGCAGGCCUACAAAUCCCUGAGACACAGGAUGGCCAACAUGGACGUGCUGGUCGUGCUGGGCACGAGCGUCGCCUACGUCUACUCGCUGGUCAUCCUGGUGGUGGCCCUGGCCGAGGAGGCCGAGAGGAGCCCCGUGACGUUCUUCGACACGCCGCCCAUGCUCUUCGUGUUCAUUGCCCUGGGGCGGUGGCUGGAACACGUGGCCAAGAGCAAAACCUCAGAAGCCCUGGCCAAACUCCUAUCUCUCCAAGCCUCAGAAGCCACCGUGGUGACCCUUGGUGAGGACAACCUAAUCGUCAGAGAGGAGCAGGUGCCCGUGGAGCUGGUGCAGCGGGGCGAUGUCGUCAAGGUGGUCCCCGGGGGCAAGUUCCCAGUGGACGGGAAAGUCCUGGAAGGCAACACCAUGGCCGAUGAGUCCCUCAUCACAGGCGAAGCCAUGCCCGUCAUGAAGAAACCGGGGAGCACGGUGAUCGCCGGGUCCAUGAACGCGCACGGCUCUGUGCUCGUCAGCGCCACGCACGUGGGCAGCAACACCACCUUGGCUCAGAUUGUCAAGCUGGUGGAGGAGGCUCAGAUGUCGAAGGCACCCAUUCAGCAACUGGCCGACCGGUUCAGCGGCUAUUUUGUCCCAUUUGUCAUCAUCAUUUCAACGUUGACGUUGGUGGUAUGGAUUAUAAUCGGUUUUGUUGAUUUUGGUGUCGUUCAGAAAUACUUUCCCACGCCCACCAAGCACACCUCCCGGGCCGAGAUGGCCAUCCGCUUUGCCUUCCAGACGUCCAUCACCGUGCUGUGCAUCGCCUGCCCCUGCUCUCUGGGCUUGGCCACGCCCACGGCGGUCAUGGUGGGCACCGGCGUGGCCGCCCAGAAUGGCAUCCUCAUCAAGGGUGGCCAGCCUCUGGAGACAGCCCACAAGAUAAAGACUGUGAUGUUCGACAAAACCGGCACCAUCACCCACGGGGCCCCCAGGGUCAUGCGGGUCCUGCUGCUGGUGGACCCGGCCACACUGCCGCUCAGGAAGCUGCUGGCCGUGGUGGGGACUGCGGAGGCCUGCAGCGAGCACCCCUUGGGCGUGGCCGUCACCAAGUACUGCAAAGAGGAACUCAAAACAGAGGCCUUGGGAUACUGCACAGACUUCCAGGCUGUGCCAGGCUGUGGCAUUGGCUGCAAAGUCAGCAAUGUGGAAGGCAUCCUGGCCCACAGCAAGCACCUGAACGAACGGGCCCCUCACCCAAACGGGGUUGGCAGUGUCCCCGCGGAAACAGACGCCGCCCCCCAGACCUUCUCCGUGCUGAUUGGGAACCGAGAGUGGAUGAGGCGCAACGGCUUAGCCAUUUCCCGUGACGUCAGUGACUCAAUGACCGACCACGAGAACAAGGGCCACACGGCCAUCCUGGUGGCCAUCGACGGGCUGCUCUGUGGAAUGAUCGCCAUCGCAGACGCCGUCAAGCCGGAGGCCGCCCUGGCUGUGCACACCCUGAAGAGCAUGGGUGUGGACGUGGCCCUGAUCACGGGGGACAACCGCAAGACAGCACGGGCCAUUGCCGCCCAGGUUGGCAUCAACAAAGUCUUCGCGGAGGUGCUCCCUUCGCACAAGGUGGCCAAGGUCCAGGAGCUCCAGAAGGAAGGGAAGAAAGUGGCCAUGGUGGGGGACGGGGUCAACGACUCCCCGGCCCUGGCCCAGGCGGACGUGGGCAUCGCCAUCGGGACAGGCACGGACGUGGCCAUCGAGGCGGCCGACAUCGUUCUCAUCCGAAGCGACCUGCUCGACGUGGUGGCCGGCAUUUGCCUGUCCAAGAGGACGGUCUGGAGGAUACGGCUCAACCUGGUGCUGGCGCUGAUCUACAACCUGGUGGGGGUCCCCAUCGCGGCAGGCGUCUUCAUGCCCCUCGGCAUUGUGCUGCAGCCGUGGAUGGGCUCGGCGGCCAUGGCGGCGUCCUCUGUGUCCGUGCUCCUGUCUUCGCUGCAGCUGAAGUGGUAUAAGAAGCCGGACCUGGAGAGGUACGAGGCCCAGGCCCAGGGCCGCCUGAAGCCCCUGACCGCGUCCCAGGUCAGCGUGCACAUCGGCAUGGAUGACCGGUGGCGGGACUCCCCCAGGGCCACGCCCUGGGACCAGGUCAGCUACAUCAGCCAGGUGUCUCUGUCCUCCCUGAAGUCCGACAAGCCGUCUCAGCAUGGCGCCACGGCCAAGGACAGUGGGGACAAGUGGUCUCUGCUCCUGAAUGACCAGGACGAGGAGCAGUGCAUCUGAAUGCGCCCAUGUGGCACACACCCAGGGCCCGAUGUCCUCGCUGGCCUGCAGCUCUAGCCCCGCAGGGCAGCUCCGUGGCCAGCUGCAGGGCAGGCGAGGCCUCGGGCACUUUGGCUCCUGGCCAGGCCGGGUCUUUCCUCCCUGUGGCAGGCGGCGCUGCCCAGAUGGGGCUCCUGGGUGGGACCCCUGCCUGGAUCCCGCAGGCCCCAGGCGAGGCUUCGCUCGUGCCAUGGGGUGGGUCUGUUGAGGACCUGGCUGGGCUACAGUCGGGGGGCAGGGGCGAGAUGCAGCCAGCCCUCCCCACAGGCCUCUGCUUCAGCCUCGGGGAUGAUUCCCUGGGAAAUGAGGAAACUCUCACCUUGACCAGACUGAGCUGAGCUGGGCUGCAGAGCUCAUGGGAGACCUUGGUGCCUUGCUCUUCAUUCUGACACCCACGAACAUCACUUCUCUACGACCAGUUUACCUCACGUGUGCCCUUUAGUUUCUGCCGCUUCCAUCUCUCUCUCUUCUGGCCUUGACCCUGGGUGGAGGGGCACCCUCGCCAUCUUCCAGGGCAGGACUGACAUCCUUACAUCUCAGCUGCUGUGCUCAGUGCUUCGGCAGUCAGGUGCACCCUCCGGAGGGCCGCUCAGACUCCCCCCUGGGCCUGGGACAGGUCGUUCUUGCCUGGGGGCCACUUCUCCAUCGGGGCUGGUCUUCCUGCCCCUCAGACAGGUGCUGCCCAGCGGGAGGGAGGGGCUUGCUUAGAGCCUGAGACUCGAAACCCUGCCUCCUGCAGUGUCCCUGCUUGGGCCAUGGGAGCUUGUCAGGGAGGCCUGUGCAAGCAGGAACCUCCUUCAGGACACCAGCAGCCUCCGUGCCAUGGUCUGCCAUGUGAUGUCACUCAGUCCAAAAGAGAAGUCACGUCAGGGGUGUGCCGGGGGUGUGGGGCUCGAAGGAGCGAUGCCACAUCAAAGGGGGUCAUGGCUCCCCUCCUCAUGCUCCUGCUGCUUCUGCAUGUCCAGACGGUGGUGCUUUAGAACAGGGGUGGCCGUGACCUCCCAAGGGCAGAGCCCUUUUGUCGUUUUCAGCGGCUGUUUGUGAUUGCACGACAUUGGAAGGACAGGAAUGUGGCUAGUUCCAGGCUUUGCAGUUGCUGGUGUGGGAAUAGACUGGUGGAACCAGAAUCUUAGAAUUCUAAGUGCUCUGCCUAGUCUGGAUUAAAGGUGAAUCCCUUGUCGCAGGCACAGAAUCAUUUUAUUUAUUGUCAGUUAUUUUCCAAGGCCACGCUGAGAACUCUUUAUACGUUCCCUCUGAUCCUGCCAAACAAACCAGCAGAGGGGAUGCUGCAGUCCACCCUCCACAGGCAGGGAAGCGGGCUCCGAGGGUGAGGGUCCUGCCCAGGGUCACGCAGCCAGGACCCGUGUCCGAGCAGAGCCCGAAUCCAGGUCUGCGGGCUCUGACGUCUUUCUCUGCUGCCGCGGAGCCCGGAAUGUUCCUCGAUAAGAAUAAACCAGAAAAGGCCCUUGCUCCUGGAGGGACGGACCAGCCAGGGGGUGUGCUCAUUGGUGGACGUGGAGUGAAAUUUGAUCACUAGGCCAUGUCCCCUUCCCUUGGAUGAGUUGUUUCUGUUUUUGCAUCUGAUUUCAUUUCUGCCGGGUCUUGCCCUCUAAAAUCCAAGUGCAGGGUUGCUUUGUGUUUUUAUUCUUUCAGUCUUUUCUUCCCCAGCCCCUUCCUGCCAUGGGUCCCCGAUCAUUGUCAUUCUUGGCUGUAUUGGGGGAGCGUUUAUUGUCACCUGACUAGGCUAAUCAUUUUCAGAAGACUAAUUGCAAUGAUUUUUUUAAAGUUUUUAGGACCAUCCACAUGUUUAUAUAGACAUGAAGAUAUUUAUGUACUGUAUAGAAAAUAAAUUUUUAGAUGUUCAAAUUGGGUGGGAGUUGGAACAAUUCCUGCUUCAGAAACUUUUCAUGCUCUAUUAGAAUAAAGCUUCUUUUAACUCAUCAAAAAAACCCUGCUUUUGGCUGGCCCUGUCUGAGUGAGCAGCGCUGCCUUAAGGGAGAACCUUGAGGGGGCUGGCUUUGCUCUUAGUGCCCUUGGAGGGUGGCGGUCCUAGCCAUGGCCGCUGAACCUUCCCGUUGGCCUUCCCCAGCACUGGGCGAUUGGCCUGCCCUACUGGUGUGUGGGGAGCCCUCUGAAGGGUUGCCCAUGUCAGGGCGUCUGUCCCCCUGGGCACCCAGCCCCAGUUACCCUGGUGAUGCACCCUCUGGUCAAGGGGGUGGUCCAGAAAAGGCCGUUCUCA